AUGUCCGACUCCCACUCCCUAGCCCAAAUCCUCAUCCGCUCCGUCAUCCGCGCCUUCCACACCACCCAAGAAGUCCUCGCCAUCGAAGCCUUGGUCCAACACUCCUGCCUCCGCGACGACGAGCUAGCCUAUCUCAUGAAGAUGAACACCAAAGACCUCCACCGCCUCUGCGCCUCCCUUCGCGACGCCCGGUUUUUAACCGUACAUACCCGCCCGGAAGUCAUCGAGGGCAAAACCCGGCCUGUCAACAGGACAUACUACUACAUCGACUACCAGCAAACCGUCGACGCCAUCAAAUGGCGCGUCUACAAGACAGACAAGGACAUGCAGGGCAUUGCCAAACCACAGGACGAAAGCAAGGAGUAUUCCUGCCCCAGGUGUAAAUCCCAGUGGACGCAGCUGGAAGUGCUGGACAGCGUGAGCAUAGAGGGGUUCUUGUGUCUACGAUGCGAGGCUGUGCUUGAGAGGAGUCAAGAGCAGGAGCAACCCGGUCAUCAGCAGUUGUCGAGGAUGAAUAACCAGUUUAAAUUCAUGACGGACAUGCUGCAGCAGAUUGACAAGGGGCUGGUGCCAGAAUGCAGUUUUGACAAGGCGAUUGCGGUGGCGAGACCGAUUGUACGGGAGGCGAUGCAUGAGGUUUUGGCGAGCGUGCCGGUGGAGGAUGCGGGGGGGAUGGGGAAGCCGUCUGCGGUCAAGGGGUUGGCGAACACGGGGCCGAAGACGAUGCAGGUUACGAUCAGUGAUGGGAAUGAGGAGGCGGAGCUGAUUGAGAGUAGGAAGAGGAAGGAGAGGUUUUUGAGGGAGAACGCGCUGCCGAGUUGGAUUACGGAUAGCUCGGUGCCGGCGCCGGCUGCGACGGCUGCGCCCCCGGUGGUGAGCUUUGAGAUGAGGGAUGCGGAUGGGGGGGAUGGUGGACGGGCGGGGAAGAGGGUGAAGGUGGAGGGGGAGAUGAGCUUUAAGAUGGAGGAGGAUGAGGAGGAUGAUUUGGAGUUUGAGGAUGUGGUUUAG